AUGAAGAACAUCUUUGCGCCUAUCCUCCUCCUCGCUGGCCUCACCGCAGCCAACUUCGACCUCUACCAAGUCGAUGAGAACAACUCGUGGGACGGUUCUGGUGUCUCGGGCCAGUGGAUGAUCUUCGAAGCCGAGCCCGACUGUGACCAGGCACUUGGAAAGCGAGACUCUUUUAGGGUUCUUGCCCAGGACGAUGUAUCGGACGGCUCGGGCGUCGUCUGCGAGCCCGUGAACCAGUGCUACUACUACGGCAACCCGUCUGAGAUCAACAGAAUCGAGAUGAACUUCAACAACGAUGAUCCAGCGAAGUUCCACUGGACCAUCUAUAAGGACCGCAACUUCGACAUGAUCGGCCUCGAUGGAAAUGUUUACGGCACCUGCAUCGUGUUCCCCGGCGACGACUUCCAAUGCAGCGAGGGCACCUGGUCGAACGGCGGAAAGAGGAUGUUUAGGUGCCUUACGCCUCUCACUACACAGGAUAUUAUUGCUGGAAACGGUGGAGGCAUGGUUGGCAGGUAA